AUAUGUGAAAUACAAUUUUUAAAUUUUCACUACAAACAUCAGUGCUCUUCGGUGAAGAAGGAACAAAUUAUCAAAAAAAUAUCGUUUUUUUUACUUUGGUGCGCGGAUCUAUUUUGUGUUACGUGUCGAUCGGAUUUUGUGCAAAACAAAACUAAAAAAUUGUUCGCAUUUGGAUUAUUACUAAAAAAAGAAGGAAAAUUAAAAACAAAAACCAAAAAAAAGAACUUUUAAUGAAAUACCUAUUAAAUUGGUCCGACAUGCAUAUACAUCCCAGUUCACCGAAUUCAUCGCCAAUAUCCGAAGAAAAUGCGGCUACCACAAUUCAGGCCAAUUUUCGCGGCUAUCGUGUGAGAAAGCAGCUAAAAGACACGUCCGUAUCGAAUGCGGAAACGGUGGACGGAAAUGUGGAAAAGACGAAAAUCGAGAAAGAUGCUAAGCUAAAGGACGAAGAUAAAUCGGCUACGAAAAUACAGGCGGGUGUACGGGGAUUUUUGGUGCGAAAAAAACAGAAAUUGGCAACCGAUGCAGCCACCAAAAUUCAGUCAACGUUUCGAGGAUUUAAAACCCGGAAAGACUUGAAAAAUAAAUUGAAGGAAAAAUGAAAACAAACAGUUAAAUCGUCACAAUGAUAUUAAAUAAUAAAAUUAUGAAUGAACUGUGCUACCUAAAAUUAUCAUUACUACAUCCGUAUUUUAUCGUGCCAAUGUUAUAAAAAAUGAGAAUGCAAAUUUCCAUAAUUAAUUAGUAAAAUGCAACAAAUUAAUUUAAAUUUAUAUUUGUUAUUGUGUAAGUAUAAGAAUAGAUUUUUAUUUGUUUAAAAUAAAAAAAAGAUAAACAAUCAAUGAGAGAAGGUAUAGUAUAGUGAUUAUGAAAAGCAAAAAA